CGCGUAGCGUGGUUGUGCUUCGAUCCUGUCAGCACGUGUUACAGCUGUGAGCCGCUCUGCUCCCACGUAAAAGUGAAUUUCAUCGAGAUUCAAGUAGCUUCCCCUUCAAUUAUUUGUCAUUAGCAUUAAAUCGAACAGUGCCCGAGUGUUUUUAAAUCGUUUGUUCCGGCCCACCAUCCUGGGAACGCGUGUGCAAAGGUGUCGCAAAGUUUCGUGCUGCCCCGUGUGUUUAUACUCGUCGCGACCACGCGACGAAACGCUCUUGUUGCUUCGCCGAACCAAAUUGUUUUGUCAUUCUCCGUCUCACUUUCUCUACCUCGUUCGAACUUGACAAUUGCAGAACGAAGCUCCGGCAACGCGAUCUUGACUUUAACUCACGUAUCAGUGAAUCGAGCUCUUUGGAGUGUCUGAAAAGUGGCGAGUUCGCGUCCUCGUUCGUUGCAGAUCGCGCAAUCGUGCUGGCAGCCUGAAGAAUUUAGCCGACCAGUUGGAUCGUCCCAGCCCGAAGGAGUCCGCGGCAUCGAUUCGUUACGAUUUUCGAAGGAAAUCAGCAGCUGAAGGAGCUCUCGAUUGCCUUCUCGAGAUUGAUAGCCGGUCGUAACGCUGAUGAUUGACAAGCUGUGAUAGAAAAUCGAGAAUGGACGUGAUUGCGUACACUCCUCACGAGAUCGGUCGACUAGUUGGAGAAAUAGAAAACGCUGAGGAUCUGGAUUCUCAGGACGAGGAGGACGAUCAAGAGGAAGAGUCUUCGUACAACGACGGGGUUUCGACGACCGACAACGAUGACGCGAGCGUUGCAAACGUAGAGGAUGAAAAUUAUUCGCUGCCGUUGAGACGCAGUCUCUUCGCCAAUGUUCCGCCAUACGUAGCCUUUCAAUCGUUCGAUAGUACAAAAGCACCAAAUCUGCCUCGCGGUUUGAGGAAACACAUGAAAUGGCGUUUAACGACGAUAACGCCGUUGCUCGUGCGCAAAACUCUGGUCAACACGGGUUACCGGCUUGUCAAAAAGUCGCCGGAGUGGUGCGCGAUUUGGGGGAAGCACAUGAAGUCGGCGUGUUUCAAAACGAUCAAAGAGAAUCAAAAAGUCAAUCAUUUUCCGGGGACUUUUCAAGUCGGUCGUAAAGAUCGACUGUGGCGCAGCCUCAGUCGCAUGAUGAUGAAACACGGUAGAAAAGAGUUCGGUUUUGCCCCGCGCACUUACGUAUUGCCGCAGGAUUUUCGAUGCUUUCGUCAGGUCUGGGAGAAAACCGGAGGCAAAGAAAAGUGGAUUAUAAAACCACCGGCAUCGGCGCGCGGCGCUGGUAUAAGAGUAGUGCACAGAUGGUCCCAGAUACCUAAGAAAAAGCCUGUCAUAGUUCAACAAUAUUUGUCCAAACCAAAACUAAUAGGUGGAGCGAAAUUCGAUUUACGACUUUACGUCCUCGUGACUAGUUUCAAUCCGUUGCGUCUGUACAUUUAUCCCGACGGUCUCGUUCGCUUCGCCUCGGUAAAGUACGUCGACGAUAUAAACUACUUGAGCGAUCGUUUUAUGCACUUGACCAAUUACAGUAUUAACAAAUCCAGCGCUACUUACACGAGCAACGAUUGCGCGGACUCCUGUCGAGGACACAAAUGGACCGUAAAAUCGUUGUGGUCUUACCUCGAAAAGGAAAACGUCAACACUGAAAAACUCUGGGCCAAGAUCAAAGACAUCAUCGUCAAGACCAUGAUAGCCGGUGAAGCGUCGAUAAACAGCCUGACGAGAUGCAACACAACUUCGAGAUACUGUUGUUACGAGCUCUUCGGCAUCGACAUUCUCCUCGACGAGAAUCUCAAGCCGUGGCUCCUCGAGGUCAACAUAUCACCCUCGCUCCAAUCGUCCUCGCCUCUCGACAUCGCCGUUAAGGGACCGCUCAUCAGAAACGUCUUCAACAUAGCGGGCUACCAAGUCCCGGACUCCAUGACGAAUCGCGAAGCAACGAACCUCGCUAAAGUUCACGACCUCGAACUUCCAAUUCGCAUGAAUACUCAACUCCACAGAACUGCCCUCAGCGAACAAGAGAGGCAGAAGCAAUCGCUGUACACCGACCUCACCAACCGCGACGACUAUUUAUUCGACAUCCUCGAGGAUUUGACCCCCGACGACGUCCGCCAUCUCAUUGCCUACGAAGACGAACUCACGCAAAUCGGCCACUUCGAAAAAAUCUUUCCCACCUCAACUUCCCACGAGUACUUCCAAUUCUUCGAUGUGCAACGCUAUCACAACAUGCUCUUGGACGCCUGGGAAGAUCAGUACGCCGACGAUCGCCAAAAAGGCGUCGCGAGGCUACAGUCACUGUGCAAAACCAAGUUCCACCUCAACGCAACCACUGAUACUUAGUCGUUCUUCAAUGCGGUAUCAAAAUGAAAAUACGAGCGUUGCUAAUUGCCAUCAUACACAUUGCGAUCGAGGAGACUUUCUUCCCCGACCUUGGACACACUCGCUGACAAUUUUAUCGUCAUCGAAACUUGUCUCUACGAAAAAAUCCACGAGUUUGUGUUUUUAUAUUAUUUUCUCCUCAAACCGAUCCGCAUUUUUUAAUCUUCUUCUCUCGUCUUUUCAUUCUUGAUUUUUUUAAUCAUCGGACUCAUAUCUCGUCCAGUCUUCAUCGCCUUCGUAUCCCCCCCCUGUGAAACCGUUUUUAACAUUAACCAUAUGUAAACGAGCGCGUCGGCCAUUCGUGAUCGACGCACUUCAAGCUCCGUGCCUUUCGGCGGUUUCACUGUUUCAAUUAUCUCUUGUAUCGAGCCUGUAUUUCAAUAAAUGAUAUUCUUUUUUUUGAA